AUGUGUAUAUCAAAAAAGGCGAAAAAAGAAACAACCCCUGCCGCGCCAGCACCUCCGACACCCAGUCCUGGUCUCACUCCAUCUGUUGAUCCUUCUGGAAAAGGGAAAUCGACUAAGAAUAAGAAAUCGGUAGCCAAAUCGGUUGCAAAAGAUGCUGCACCUGCUGCUGCUGCUCCAGCUGCGCCAAAGCCACCAGCAAAGGCUAUGAUUGUGGUUAAACCAUGGGUUCAACGCACUCUUGACACUGGAGUUGCCAAUCUUGUUGAAGAAUUCCGUGGAUUGGCCAAAUGGACUCCAGAGGGAAUGACAACAGAAGCAUUCGCAGCUAACAAGGAAAAGAACAGAUACCAAGAUGUUCCAUGUCAAGAUAAGGGUCGUAUUGUUCUGAAAUUCCCGGGACUCGCAUCCGAUUACAUUCAUGCCAACUACCUUGGAACUGCUCAUAACCCGAAACGUUUUAUUUGUGCUCAAGGACCAUUGGAAGGCACCCAACACUCAUUCUGGGCAAUGGCGAUUCAGGAGAAAGUCGAGUGCAUCAUAAUGCUGUGCAAUUGUAUUGAGAUGGGAAAAUUCAAAUGUCAUCAGUACUGGCCGUUGGAAAAAGAUCAGAAAAUUUCGUUCGGUGAAGCUCCAAAUCAGAUCCACGUCACCAAAAUCGACGAGAAAAAGAUGUCACCAGAAGAGCAGUGCAUCAAUGUGACAACUUUGAAAUUAGAAUGGGCUGAUGGCAACAAAACCGUCCAGCACUUGCAAUGGGAAAACUGGCCGGAUCGUGGAGUUCCACAGACAAAUUUGACAGCUAUCAAUCUUCUUUCUUCAACCCGUGGAAAUCAGUUCCCAAUUCUCGUCCAUUGUUCCGCUGGAAUCGGUCGUACUGGAACCAUUGUAGCCAUUGCAUAUGUUCAGGAUAAAAUGAUGGCUGGAGAAGACUGUAUGGCGAUGAAUGAGCUGCUAAAAGAGCUCAGAUCUCAGCGUCCAUGGUCGAUUCAGAACGAAUUCCAAUAUCUCUACCUUCAUCGUGUGCUUCUUGCCUAUUUCCUCGAGCGCCACAAGAGUUCGUACGGAGAGUUGUUGUCUGCUGAAAAUGCGACAAAAUAUACAAAAUGGGUUGAAGAUUAUGUGAAGGCAACAAAUGGAAAGUAG